CAACCUUUCUUAUCUGUGUAGAAGAAUUUAAUCACAAAACCCACAGGAUCAAACCGCAUAGAGGCAAAUUAACCAUAAAUUGCAUUGAAGCGCACCAAAACAGACAAAAUGGAAGUCAGGUCGUCUGUGUUUGCCUCAUGGAUUUUAAUUUUUCAAGUUUUGGGAGCUGUCCUCUUCCUAAGGGGGUUUUUCCCAGAACAUGUCAACUCUUCACCAUUCAAGAGCAACCUCACAGACCUACCCGCAGAGCCACUGCCAGGGGGCUGUCUCAAUUCAUCUUACAUCCCGCAGCCAUUGUUCAAAAAGGUGAUCAUUAUGUUAAUCGAUGCCAUGCGGGCGGACUUUGUGUUCGGAGCCAGUGGUCAAUUGAACAUGCCAUACACCACACACCUGAUGGAGAGAGGCUCAACACUUAGCUUUGUGGCUAAAGCUAGAACUCCAACUGUCACCGCGCCCAGGCUCAAGGCUCUCACCACUGGCAAUAUCCCGGUUUACAUCGAUGUGCUGAUGAAUCUAAAUUCCCCAGCCGUACUUGAUGACAAUCUUAUUUGGCAAGCCAACACAGCAGGGAAAAAAAUUAUCUUUUAUGGAGAUUGCACAUGGUUGCACCUCUUCCCCGAUCAAUUCAUGGAGUAUGAUGGUAUAGCUGGCCCUGUGUCUGACUUCAGAGAGGUUGACAACAAUGUCACCCGCCAUUUGGAUAGCACGCUCAAGAGAGAUGACUGGGAUAUUCUGAUCCUCCAUUACCUUGGCAUUGACCACAUUGGUCAUAGCUUCGGACCUCACAGUUCUUUCCUUCAAACCAAACUGUCGGAGAUGGAUGAUGUUCUGAAGAAGAUCCACAGUGCCCUCAAUUCAAAGGAGGCAGGAAAAUCUUUGCCCUAUCUGUUAGUUCUGUGUGGGGACCAUGGAAUGUCAAACACCGGUAGCCACGGAGGAUCCUCGGAAGGUGAAAUCAAUACGCCCCUGUUGCUCAUAAGCCCUGUCUUUAAGAGGAAAGUGGCGAUGAAGAAGCCUGAUGAAAUUGACCAGGUUGACCUGACUCCCACCUUGGCCUUGUCUCUGGGCCUACCCAUCUCUCAAAGCAGCGUAGGUUGUGUCAUUCCAGGUGUUUUUGAAGGAGCCUCACUUCGAGACCAGCUGCGUUAUCUACAGCUCAAUGGUCAUCAGCUAAGUUGCCUGCUCAAAGAAAAGUUUCCAGAGUAUAGGAAAGAUACAAAACUUGAAGAAUAUCAUCUGGCAGAGAAAGCACAUGGCAGAUGGAUGAAACUCUACCUGGAGAGAAACACAUCAGAAGCUUUAGCCUACAUGGGCAAGAAGGUCAUGAAACAAUAUUUGGAGGCCCUGUCCACCAUGAGCUCAGCCCUCAGAAUACAGCUGAACAAAGAUGACCUGUACUCCAUGAUUCUUGGAUUGGUUUUGGUACUUCAGCCCCUGUUGGCCUUGAUAUUGGCCAUUCCUGAAGCCAUGAGUGGCUCAGUAGCUGUGGACCUCGUCACCUCAGCCCUGUUCUCGUUACCUUUUUACCUCCUUUGCCUGCUCCUUGCGUCCACGCAUGUGCUGAUAUGCACAUCUGCUGAUGUCUCCUGCUAUUUUUGCAGUGUCUCCUGGAGUUUCGUGUUUGGUAUUAUUGCCUUUAUUUCAGCAUCGACUUGUUUUCUGCUCUCUCUGAUGACCAGAAAAUUGCCUUUGGGACCAAAGUUGAAUGGCACGUCACUGUUGAAGCAGAUCAGUAGCAGAAAAUGGUCAAAGUUGGACAUAUUGCUACUGGCAGGCACAGCCAGUCACAUACUUAGUUUGGGGUCUGUUAGCUUUAUAGAGGAGGAGCAUCAAAUCUGGUACUUCUUGCUCACCACCCUCUACUUCAUAGUCUUCCAGGAUGUGUGCGCUAAGUAUUUCAGAAAAGAGAAUGGCCCAGUUGAAGAAGACGAAUAUGAACUCCCUUAUGAAGAACACCCUAAAGAAGAGAUUUACUCUGAGAAGUGGCCAGCUUUGGCCACACCUCUCUUUCUUUUGGUCUGCUGUCGACUGCUGCGCUCCCUCAAUCAGACGGGCGUGCAAUGGGCUCAUCUUCCUGAUCUGGCCAAAUGGCUUAACAGCACUGAACACAAAGUGGUCCUCUCCUUGCUGUCCACUUUCUGUUUGGUUCUCAUCUACUUCCUGGUUCAAAGAUGGUGCUCGUUGGUGUCCAAGGUUGCUCUUGCACUUGGACUUUUGAGCAUCUACUGCUAUCGGGCAGCUGUCGGCAGUCUCUUGUUUCCCUGGCAACACUGUGGUCUGAAUAAGUCCAAGGGCAUUUUGGAAGCACGCUUUGUAUAUGUGUUGGUUUUGAGUAUCCUCUUUAUGGGCACAAAGAACAUGAUACAAUCCCAAAUCAAUAUAGCUAAUGCCAAAUCGAAGAACAGGGGGCUAUGGGAAAUUUACAGUGGCCUGGUCUUAUUGUUUUCACUGCUGUUUCGUGCCCACAACUUGCUAGUGUUGUGCUGCUGUCUGCUCAUCCAAGCACUUAUGGCUCAGUUCAUCUGGAAGAAGCUCCACUAUGAUGCGGUCCAAAUUACCAUCAUUCAUUACUGGUUGGGACAGGGCUUCCAUUACUUUCAGGGUAAUUCCAACAGCAUUUCAACUAUCGACAUCUCAAUCUGGUCUAUUGGUUUUGACACCUAUGCAGAAGUUCCAGCCAUCAUUUUAACAGCCCUUAAUACAUAUGCAGGGCCACUGCUUUGGGCUUGCCACCUUGUCUGUUUCCUCAGCUCGGAGAAAAACAGGAGUCCGGUUGCGGUCGGCCACGGUUGUUACUUUUGGGCUCUGCUCAGGUCGAUGACGGCUGUAGCCUAUAUUGUUGUGGCGACUGGCAUGCGCCACCAUCCCUGGACAUGGUCCGUCUUCUAUCCAAAAUUACUCUACGAGGCCAUGCACCUACUUCUCAUCACCGGCGCUAGUCUCAUAUUCAACGUUGUGUAGUAAAGCCACAAGUCUGCCACAUCUUAGGGCAGUUUUUUG